AACAUCCGCCUCAUCGACUACGAGAAGCUGAUGGACGAGCGCGGCCAGCGCGUCGUGGCGUUCGGCAAGUACGCGGGCGUUGCCGGCAUGGUCAACAUCUUCCACGGGCUGGGCCUGCGGCUGCUCGCGCUGGGCCACCACACGCCCUUCAUGCACAUCGGCCCGGCCCACAACUACAGGAACUCGUCCAUGGCGCGGCAGGCCAUCCGGGACGCCGGCUACGAGAUCUCCCUCGGCAUGAUGCCCAAGUCCGUGGGGCCGCUCACCUUCGUGUUCACCGGUUUCAAGGGGCCGGGCGUGCUGGUCUGCUCCAUCGAUAACAUGCCGACCCAGCUGCCGCGCGAGUCGACCGACUUCUUCGGCGACCUGCUGUACCCGUACGCGCUCAGCAUCAUCCUCUCGGACGCCACGGUGCCGCUCGAGAAGCAGUCCUUCCCGCCCUCUGUGUACGGGGCCAUCAUUGCCAGCAAUGGCAAGCUCACGCCCAACUUCGAGUACAUCCAGGAGCUCAGGAACCAGAACACGCGAAACAAGCAGAAGCAGGUCUGCACCGAGGAGAUCGCGCAGCGCGUGUUGGUGCUCGGCGCGGGCUAUGUCAGCGCGCCCGUCAUCGAAUACCUAAGCCGGGACAAGAACGUGGCCGUCACUGUCGCGUCGUCGCUAAAGGACGAGGCGGACAAGCUGGCGAGCAAGUACCCGGGCGUGCGGCCGGUGCUCAUGGACGUGGUCAACCGGCCCGACAGCCUGCGCGAGCUCAUCGAGGAGGCCGACGUGGUCAUCUCGCUGCUGCCGUACGGCCUGCACCACACGGUGGCCGAGGCCUGCAUCGACACGCGCACCAACAUGGUCACGGCCUCGUACUGCACGCCCGCGCUGCAGGCGCUGCACGAGCGCGCCGUAGAGGCCGGCAUCACGGUGGUCAACGAGGUCGGGCUGGACCCGGGCAUCGACCACCUGCUCGCCAUGGAGUGCUUCGAGGAGGUGCGCCAGGGCGGCGGCAAGGUGGUGUCGUUCGUGUCGUACUGCGGCGGCCUGCCCGCGCCCGAGUGCUCCGACAACGCGCUGCGCUACAAGUUCUCGUGGUCGCCGCGCGCCGCGCUCCUCAACACGCUGGCCACGGCCAAGCACCUCCGGAACAACGAGGUGGUCGAGGUGCCCGCCGGCGGCGAGCUCAUGCGCUGCGCGCACGACCUCGACUUCCUGCCGGGCUUCGCCCUGGAGGGCUACCCCAACCGGGACUCGAUGCAGUACGCGCAGCUCUACGGCAUCGCCGGCGAGGCCAACACCGUGCUGCGCGGCACACUGCGCUACCGGGGCUUCUCCGACACCGUCCAGAGCCUGCAGAUCCUGGGCCUGAUCAACGCCGAGCCUCACCCCGCCCUGCACCCCAAGGGCCCCGAGAUCACCUGGAGAGCCUUUGUCUGCAACCUCCUGGGCAUCGCGGACGUCGACAUCUUCUUCGAGAACCUCAAGAGCAAGCUGGCGGAGCGUGUCGGCAGUGCUGAGCGGCUGGCCGCCAUCGAGAACCUGGGCCUGCUCUCCGACGACCCCAUCCAGAAAAUGGACACCCCGCUGGACACGCUGUCGCACUACUUGUCCAAGAGGCUGGUGCUGGAGCCACACGAGCGGGACAUCGUGAUCCUGAGGCACGACGUGGACAUCCUGUGGCCGGACGGUCGCCGAGAGCUGCGCGGCAUCAACCUGGUGACCUACGGCGACCCCCACGGCCACUCGGCCAUGGCCAGGACGGUGGGCUUCCCCGCCGCCAUCGCCGCCAAGAUGGUGCUUGACGGAGAGAUCCAGAGCCACGGCAUGGUUUUGCCAUUCAGCCGCGAAAUUUACCGCCCAAUACUGUCACGACUCAAGUCAGAAGGUAUCGAACCCUUCGUGCGUUCGAAAUGGCUGUGAAAGAAGAGGGGACUUUACACAAGAAGUGCUCUUGUGUGAAAUGUGUACAAACAGUGCCAUUCCAUUGUGAUUUGUAAUAAAAAUCUAAAUAUACCAGUAAUUCGACUAAACGACUGAGAUUUGUGUUUCAUGGUAAUCUAUAAUUGCUCACAAACUGCCCAAUUUUUAUUGUAUGUUCUAAAACAUUGUAUGCCACUUUAAACGUUGUACUGUACUGUAUUUAGUUUUAAAUAAAAUGUCUAUAAAUAUACUAUACAAACGAGA